GAUUCGAGGUGAACGGUGGCAUCGCCUAGGAGAGAAACGUGUUUUCUUCGCUGUCGCUGCUGAAACGCGGGUGGACGCUCGAGGGGACGUGAGUUAUUCGGGGACCGUUGCCUCCGGCAGAUAUGAUAGAGAACCUCGCGGCGAAAUUAUGCCUGCUCUUGUCGGAAAACGCCAGCGCAGCCGAGCAAUGGAAGCUACUUGGGCAGGAGAAGGAUGGCUCGAUACUCAUUGGGUGGGUGGAGGAAUCAGAGAGGGACGGUUCGUGUACGUCGUGCACCGUGGUCGGCCGCUACGACCAGACUGACAAUAAAUUACAGGUGCUGCGCCGCUUCUCGGAGGUGCUGAACAUCGUCCAAGCCACUGUCAACCAGAGUCGCACCCUGAUGGGAUACGUGACGAAGCAGAGGAGUCACCAGGAGACGUCGGUUCCUGCGACGGAGGAUCGCUGCUCGGAUCACGAACACGUGUCCCACGGCGAAUUCUACAGAGUAUACAUUGUAGAGUUGACGACCGACGACGCCAGAGUGCACGAUCUGGAGAUGGAGAGGUCCAAGCAAGUGCGAGUACAAUUUCUGUACAGGGAAAAGGAGCAGCCGGACGUGGACAAGUUUCUGGUGCUGAUACAUCACGAGUGUAUUCUGACGUAUGCUGCCCAUUUCGAUACGUCCGUAAGCCACCCGAGGCCGAUAAAGGAACUGAAAUCCGAAACACUUGUAAAAACGUUCAUGUGGGCCCAGUGGGAUAUGAUUAACCAGGUCCUUUACCACAUACACCAUCGACGAAUUCCCACGAGCGUGGUCACUGAAGACGACGACGAGAAUAAUUCCAGGUCUUCGAAACCGACCCUCAGCGGGCUGCAAUUCCACGACAAUUUGCCUCACGAGACAGUGCUGAAUAUCCCACUAAACUUACCGCUACUGUCGCCGUCCUCUAGCUGCGGCACUUACGAGGACGACGUGAUACCCCUGCGAGUCCACGAUUGUUCCCUAGAUCUCAUAGUGGUGUCCGACACCAAGGGGAUGGUCUGCGUUUGUCACUACUAUCUUUACCGGCCCGUACAGCCGCCGCAGCACGUGCUCAACUCCCUGAACGAGUCCAACACGGUGCACUUCGCGUACUCGGUGACGCUGCUGCAUCACAGUUGCGUGAUCCACUGCGUUAUACCGGGCAUCUCGUGGUCGCGCGCCAAGCUGAUGAGGCCGACCUUCGCGAUCUACGAGAGCCACCAUAUGAUCGUGUUCGUGCCGGGGCUGUUCGCGCACCUCCUCGAGAUCGGCGUGAACCACGAGCCCUGCUGCCACAUACUGUGCGGCCCGCCACCGUCGAUUCCAUCCCGCGUCUCUUAUCUGGUGCCGUUGUUCGACCUGGACAAUGCUAACAAAGCCGCAAGAAGAAACUCGCACCAUAAUACAGACGGCAAGGGCAGUUCGGAGGGGAAUAAUUUGCUCGCGAAUUCCAACGCGAGUAUACUGACGAUAGAUUUGCCCACCUUGGACCUCGUGCAGUUGACGAUCCCCCCGGACUUUCUCAUUGAGGUUUUUCGCAAAGAGACCUCGGCGGAGAUCCGCUUGGGGAUACUCCAUUAUUUUCUCUGCCACAAAAACGACAUGGAAACAAUCGCGGAGCUGAUGUCCAUCGUCGCGGAGAAGCCCCGCUCCCUGGAUAUCCCGCGCUUUAUGCAGGAAAUCCUCAUAGGCAACUCUUACGCUUUAGUGCAGAAGAAUCUCCUCGCGGAUACCGUCCCCUUGCUGUCACUGCUGCCCGUUACCACCAUCGGGGAUUACAUGACGUUCGAUAUAAAGAUGAACGAUCUGGAUAUCACGCUGAGCCACGAGAAACUCUGGAACACGUCGGUAAUGUUGCUCUCGCCGCAGCAAAGGCUCGUUCCUUAUCGUAGCGAUUUGUGGACUAGAUUGUGGGAUCAGUUGAGUAAAAAUGGUAGCGACAAGCUGAGAUUCAGACCUAGUAAUAUCGCGGAGAAACUGUUGGUUUCUUUAGCUUGUUAUCAGCCAGAAGCGUUGUCCAGAUGCAGCACUCCGAUGUCUCCAAGUGGAGGAUUUGUUGCAAUGCCGCUUGGAGACUUCAUGGGCAAUCGAAACAUCAAGUUGGACUCGGGCCUACCGUUUAACGAGACGGAGAGCUGCACCGCCUCGAAGCAGGAGCACAUUGUGUCCGUUAAUUUGCGGGAACUUUCGAUGUAUCUUCUAAAGAACGGCACGCACACGUCGACCAUGUACACGCGUGGUUCUUGCACCCCGUUGCACGUUCACGCCAUGGCCACGAGAUACGUGGCCGCGCAGUUGGAAGCUUCGCGUAUAUUGUGUCAAAUACUUUGCAGAGCAGCCGGCGUUGACCCGAGAAUCGAGCAGGAACGUGGCUUCAGUCUCGUAGACCAGUUGGACGAAGCGAGACGAUGGUUAUUGUUUAUGCUCUUGCAGCGAUAUAGGUACGCCAUAGAGAGCAUCGCUUUCCCAGCACCGCAGGGAUUCGCGUCGUUUUUCACUUACCUCGGCUACCGUACUCUCAAAUACUCAAUGUUUCUGCAGUACAUUGAACGCUCGGUGUUUGAACUUCAAGUGGACGUCACCAAGAUUAUCUUAGCUGAUAUCAGCGAUACGAAAGAAAAUGUCGUUCAGAAAUUGAAGUUGCUGUCCUUGCUGCCACGGUCUCGCGCAAAGAGACUUUUGAAUCAAUGGCUGCAUCCAGUUAGCUUAAUGUUGCGAGCCAGAGAACACGCUGCCAACAUUCUGUGCGGCGAGGUGUCCCAGAGUCGAACCGGCAGUCGGACUUUACAACACCGUAAUCAUCAUAACAGCUUGGCGGCGUUUCCUUCGGCAGAUCGUUUGUCACCACUGGACACCUUUUUGGAUUUACUUACUGCGAAAGCUAGUCUUGCAGAAUUGGAUUUCGGGCUGUUGAUAGAAGCGACAGUAACAUCUACCGAGGACUUUCUCUAAUAGAAAUUAAGUUUAGCGUAAUAAUCGUAAAACGCCUUUUAACUACGUCGACUCGUUCAGUGAUUACUGAAAGCAAAUGCAGUGAUUGGGCGGCAAAUUCACGUAGGAUCUGUACGCAUCUGAGAUCCUACUUUAAACUUUAAUAAUUCUUAAAUCUUCUGUAUCUAGGUAUUAAAUUCUUUAGUUAAGAGGGGACAAGAAGUACUUACAUUACCAUAAAUAAUUUGUAUUUCAACAAGAAUCUCCAAAGUAGAGCAAGUGCCAUUGCAGUUACCAUUAGCGAUUACUUUAAUCGAUGAUUUUGGUCGAUUUUUAGUCGAUAAGUGAAAGUAACAGGAAUCCAGUUACUUGGCACGCUUAUCUAACAAUAGGUACUGCAUAUUGCAGAUAUUUAUGAUCGCGUUUUGCAACUUUUCGCCUUUCGUGCGAACAAUUUUCUUUCGCGUGGACCAUCAGAGAAUGAGAAAUAGAGAGUGUGAGGGUAAAUAGUGAUUUUUUUUUAUCAUCUAUGAAAAAGCGUUUGUGCUAUUGUUACUUUGUCCUUUUUAUAUUUUUGUCAGCACGUUCCUGCGUGAGUGUAACAAGCGCGGGAGAGAAGGACUUGGGCAAUCGAGUAAACCGUAAUAUUAAGUCAAUAUUUCGUUGGUGCACAUCUUUUAUAUGUGAUUUGAUAUUGUCAAUUUAGUAUCUCAAAGACAUGUGAUAUAGCGAAUUAUACAUAUUUGCGACCAGCAUGAUUUGUCUAUUAUCGGUGUAUUGUACAUUAAUACAUGUUGUUGCAUUCGUUGUUAAAUUUAACGUCUUAGGAUUAAUUGUUUAAUAUAAAAAAAAAUGUGGUACCCCUGACUUCACGUAUCGGCGGGGAUUAUUAUAAAAUGUGAAUUUUAAGGAUGAAUGCCGAGCACAAAAUUUGUCAAUAAAUAAAAGGCAAAUUAUAGUAAAAAUUGUCUUCGUGUGUCGUUUUAUAUUUUACUUAUUGUUAGAGGUGUAAGACGCGAAGAAAACUCUAUUGUUAAAAUAAUUUCCCCAAGUUGUAAUUUAACGAUUGAACGGCUUUUCAUUAAAUUUAUAUAACGAAA